GAGGCGGGGUUUAGCGUCCGGAUUUUCUUCUGCAGCUGUAGCCAAAAACAUGGCGACUACUGGCCCUGUCACGCCGGAGGCACCCUUUGAACCAUCGCAGCCCCCAGUCAUUGAGGGCUUUAGCCCCAGUGUAUACAGCACUUCAGAAGGCUUCAAGGAAAAGUUUCUUCGCAAGACCCGCGAGAACCCACUGGUACCCAUAGGCUGCCUGGGUACAGCGGCCGCCCUUACCUACGGCCUCUACUGCUUCCACCGGGGUCAGAGCCAGCGCUCCCAGCUCAUGAUGCGCACCCGAAUCGCCGCCCAGGGCUUCACGGUCGUAGCCAUCUUGAUGGGUGUGGCUGCAUCCACUCUGAAAUCUCGACCCUGAGUCGGUGGCCUGGCCUUGAAAGCUCCGCGGAGAUCGUUCCCAGCUCCAGGAGCAACCACCGGUCCUGCCACUGGCAUUAUUCCCUCAUCUCCCCUGACAAGCCCCUGUAUCAGUGGGGGCAGAAGUGGCCAAUUGUGUAACCGACAGAUUUUUUUCAGGAAUCUCAGGUUCGGUUCAGUUUGAGUGUUGCAUACUUCUAGUUGUGCUGCACCUUCUCCACUCCCUACUUAAUAAACUCUGAUCCACUUGUAGUUUGGUGAAUUCAUUCCCAGUCUCACCCCCAUGGUUUUUGGUCUUUGGUUUUAGGAGAAAACAGACUAAAGACUGCAGGGGCUCUUAGAAUUCCCAUAGUCUACUGAUUCUCAAACUUUCCUGGUAACAAUCACCCUGGGGUAUUUAUUAAAAGUAGAGAGUCUCUACAGUGAUGUUAUAUGAAAAAAAAACAAAAAACUGAUCUUUCCAACAGUUUUCAAACUUUCAGUAGAAAACCUUCCUUCAUAUGAGGCCUGCCAUGGUUCUGUCAGAGGCAGGGGGCUCUGCCCUCCACUUCUGCUCCUGACCCCAAUCCCACCUCCUGAGAGCACCUAAGGCUCCACGGAUCUAGACCAUCUCAGCUUGGUUCUUGAUGCAUUUUAUGGACCAGGAAACUGAGGCUUAGAGAAGCAGCCUGGUGUAACAGAAAGAGCAUAAAGCAUAAUCCCAAAGCUUGCCAGUGGUUUGUGGCAGCACCUAGUGUUUUAUGGCUAAGGAAAAAAGGAGGCUGGGGACCUGAGCAACCUCUAGAAGAGAGGCAACUCAUGAGUUUCUCAUUCAUGUAAAGUCUCAAACAGGUGUUCCUGGUCUGCAGGUAGCCCUAAAGUGUUGAUUUGGAUUCAGGUUCCUUCCAUCCAUAACUCCAUCAGUUUCAACACCAGCUGGAUGACAUAGGCCAACUAAGUUUCUUGCCACCACCAUGCUCUUUCAGCUGUAAGACAGAGAUUAUAAAUGUAAAGCAGUACUUGUGGUGACUCUUGGCCUCCACAAGGAACAGAUAUGAAGUGGUGAGGACUAUGGCACUUCUAGAGAGGAUGGCCACUAUUUUUAACUGUUGGUGUUGUGGGCUCCCCCCCUCCAAAUAAAAAAGAUUUGUUGAGGUCCUAACCCCAGUACCUCAGAAUGUGACCUUAUUUGGGAAUAGGGUCUUUUCAGAGGUAAUCAAGUUAAAAUGAGGUCAGUAGGGUGGGCCCUAAUCCAAUAUGACUGGUGUCCUUAUAUAAAGGGGAAAUUUGGACACAGCGACAGACACGUAUAGAGAGCAGGCGAUGUGAAGAUGAACUCAGGAUUGUUGUAAUGCUUGUACAAGGCAAGAAACACCAAGGAACACGGAUCCUUCCCUAGUGCCUUUAGAGGGAUCAUGGCCCUGCUGACACCAUGAUUUCAGACUUGUGACCUCCAGAGCAGUGAGACAAUAAAUUUCUGUUGUUCUAAACCAGCCGCUGUGGUAUUUUGUUAUGGCAGCUCUGAGAAACUAAUAUGGUUGGCAAUUAAAUAUUUUUAAACAUUGUUCAGAUCACAGUGGCUUGAACAUAAACUGUUUGCAACUCUGUUGAAUGGGAAGGUGUUGUCACUGAUUGUUUCUCCCAAAUCCACAGAAGAGCACAGCUGAAAGAGGCAGAGGGUCCUGACCAAUCCCAAGGAAGGGCUGUGGCAGAGGCUACCUUCACCAGCCCCUCACCCAGGCAAAGAGGAAGCCCCCACCGGGAACCUCUGGUCUUGCCUCUUCCCUCCAAGCUGCUUCCCCUCUGGGUGUCUGUGGCUAUAUGACAGACCAACAGAAUCCCUAUGUCACGGGUUGGUUCAAGGAUCAGAAAGGAUCAAGCUUGCAAAAGCAUUCUGUGAGAGGUUGUCUUUCCUCCUGGGGCUGCAGGCAGCAGACAUAGACAGAUUAGGAUGCCCUCUGCCAGCUGGGAGCUCCUGGGUUACCAGGGAAAUAGCCCUACCCUCUCUCAAGCC